CCACGUCUUUUCAUGCGAGAUGGACAAUCAAACUAAACUAAACUACUGUCGUGUGAUGUCUAUUCUUCUCUCAGUUCUAGCGAAGCAAUAAGCUGACGUGUACCAAAAAUGAAGCCCACGACCAAUGGGCUCUUCGCUUCUCAAUCUUCUCCCUCCUUCACGGCUCCGAGAUUCCGCGGCCACCUUCCGAUCACCUUCACAUCCUCCAACCACCACCACAAGAAGAAUAAAAAGAAUCUCGCAAACGUCAUCACUCUCUCCUACCGAGUCACAUCCUCUCGCCGCGCAAUUCUCGUCGCACCACCUCUUCUCGCCGCCGCUAUUUCCUUAUGGCCGUCUGUUUCCUCCGCCGCGGGGGAUAUCUCUUCCAUCGUGCCGGCGGAUGCUUCGCCGGAACCACCAGCUACUCCCCCUCCUCCUCCUCCUCCUCCUCCGCCGCCGCUUAUAGAGGAGAUAACAUCUAGAAUAUAUGACGCGACGGCGCUAGGUGAGCCGAUGGCAGUUGGGAAAGACAAGAAGAGAGUGUGGGAGAAGCUUCUGAACGCGAGGAUUGUGUACUUAGGUGAGGCGGAGCAGGUGCCUACGAGAGACGAUAAAGACUUGGAGCUCGAGAUCGUGAGGAAUUUGAGGAAGAGAUGCGUUGAGAGCGAGCGGCAGUUAUCUCUAGCGUUGGAAGCGUUCCCUGUUGAUUUGCAGGAUCAGUUGAAUCAAUACAUGGAUAAGAGGAUGGACGGAGAGGCAUUGAAGUCGUAUGUGUCACAUUGGCCUGCUCAGCGUUGGCAAGAGUAUGAGCCUCUCUUAACUUAUUGUCGUGAUAACUCAGUUAAACUCAUUGCUUGUGGCACUCCUCUCAAGGUUUUAAGAACUGUACAAGCUGAGGGUAUCCGCGGUCUUUCAGAAUCUGAACGUAGACUAUACACUCCUCCUGCGGGUUCAGGGUUCAUCUCAGGGUUUACUCCCUUCUCACGCAGCUCUUCACUCAACAUGAACCCCCUCACACAGAUUGUUCCGUUUGGACCAAGCUCUUAUCUCUCCGCCCAAGCCAGAGUCGUUGAAGACCAUACAAUGUCACAAGUUAUCUUACAAGCAGUUGCGGACGGAGGUGGGACUGGUCUUCUGUUAGUGGUGACAGGGGCCAACCAUGUCGAGUAUGGUUCAAGAGGAACAGGGUUGCCUGCUAGGGUGUCAAGGAAGAUUCCUAAGAAGAGUCAACUUGUUGUGUUGCUUGAUCCUGAAAGACAGUUUCUGAGGAAAGAAGGUGAAUCUCCAGUUGCUGAUUUCUUGUGGUAUUCUGCGGCUAGACCAUGCAGCAGAAACUGCUUUGAUAGGGCAGAGAUUGCUCGGGUGAUGAAUGCUGCUGGUAGGAGCCGUGAUGCUCUUCCUCAGGACAUUCAAAAGGGAUUAGACCUUGGUCUGGUGUCACCUGAGAUUCUACAGAACUUCUUUGAUCUGGAGCAAUAUCCUCUUAUUGCAGAGCUUACACAGAGGUUCCAGGGUUUCCGAGAAAGGCUGUUAGCAGAUCCCAAGUUCCUAAACAGAUUAGCAAUUGAAGAAGCUAUAUCAAUAACAACAACACUUGUAGCUCAAUACGAGAAGCGGAAAGAAAACUUCUUCGAGGAACUAGACUACGUUAUAACCGAUAGCGUAAGAGCAUCAGUUGUUGAUUUCUUCACAGUUUGGCUGCCUGCACCAACCUUGUCUUUUCUCUCGUACGCUGAUGAGACAGCUAGACCAAACAGCAUAGAUGCACUAAGAGGCCUCCUAGGAUCCAUACCCGACAAUGCGUUUCAGAAAAGUCUUGGUGGAAAAGACUGGACUCUGAAUCUUAGGAUUGCUUCGGUUAUUGUCGGUGGAUUGAAGCUUGCUGGUGUUGGUGUUGUUUCCAGUUUUGCAGCUGUGGGAUCUUCAAAUGCUUUGUAUGCGAUAAGGAAGUUUAUUAAACCGGAGUUGGCUGUUUCUGAGCAAACAAAGAGGUCUCCUAUGCUGAAGACGGCCGUUGUCUAUGGUGGUUAUCUGGGGACAUCUUCAAAUAUUCGUUACCAGAUAAUUGCUGGUCUAAUAGAGCAUCGCAUCUCUGACGAGCUUUCUUCUCAACCACUACUUGUAAACAUGAUUUCGUUUGUGGUCAGAGUAGCUAACUCCUACUAUGGAACUCAGCAAUGGAUUGAUCUUGCACGCUCUACGGGUCUGCAAGCUCAAAAAGGUGCCACGGCUUCCAAUCAAAUCCCAGAGGCUUUGAGCCAACCUACAGUGGAGAUUGUGGAAUAUAGUACUACUACUACAGAAGAGGCAACUAUGGAUGAUCUCAAGAACCAAUGAUUUUUAUGCGGCUAUUUCUACUAGGUAUCAAACUGGUAAAAUGUGUAUAAAAGCUUUUGAUGUAUCUUCAUUUGAGUUGUAUUUUUGUAUCAUAGCUUCUGUGAAAUAAUGAUUCAUUAAUGAAUAUAUUUUCUUAAAUUUAAUA